CAUGGGCGUUGUUACACAUGUGUGUGUUGAUUAGCUUGACCAGCUGAGAGGUGAGUUGGUGGAAGGAGGAGGAGGGGUAGAGGUGAUAUACAAAGGUUGGUUGGCUGGUACUCUUUUUUGUUCGAAUUGCAUCUUCUCUUGUUCCUGUUUAUACUGUUCUUACCCUUUGUCGCGUCGGUACAUACUAUCUCGUCCCUAGACCUGCUGCGAAGCAUUGACCGACUUUGCUGUCCAAUACUCUACACACAUCCCAUUGACUGGGCAGCCACAUCAUGUCCGACGACUCCAUCAAGGUUUCAUCGCCCAGUAUGGCAGAUGAAAAAGGCCUCGCAAGGACACACACUGGACCAGACAAUGGCGUGGGAGAGGUCAACGACAUUACUCAACUCGGCUACAAGCCUGAGAUGACGAGGAAUAGAUCUAUGCUCACGUUAUUGUUUCAAUCGCUCGCUAUCGCGGCCAUCCCGUAUGGAGAAGGUAGUCCACUCAUGAGUGCCAUCUACGGCGGCGGCCAACUGUCCAUCUUUGUUGGUUGGAUAGUAGUCUGUCUGCUUGAUGAAUGCAUCGCCCUCUCGCUCGGUGAACUAGCCUCCCGCUAUCCAACUUCCGCCGGACCUUACUACUGGACCUUCCAACUUUCCUCCCCUGCCACCCGUAAGGUUCUUUCCUUCAUAAACGCCUGGACCUGGCUCAUAGGAAACUGGACCAUAACACUCUCCGUCAACUUUGGCUUUGCUUCUCUCAUUGCCGGCGCAGUUGGCAUGUUCCACCCAGACUACGCAAUGACGAAUUGGGAGUUACUCCUGAUAUUCUACGGCUUGUGUAUCGCAACCUUGAUCAUCUGCGCACUGGGAAACAAGUUUCUACCCAUGGUCGACACAAUCUGUGCUGCCUUCACUGCCAUCAGUAUUUUCAUCAUGCUGGUUGCACUUGCCAGUAAAGCAGAUGUAGGACGCCACUCUGCCUCCUACGCCCUCUCCCACUACGACAAAUCCUUCUCCGGCUAUGGAAACUUUACCUUUUUCAUCGGCUUGCUUCCAGCAGCAUACUGUUUCUCCGCUCUGGGUAUGAUUGCCUCGAUGGCCGAAGAAUGUGAAAACCCUUCCGUGAGAGUGCCCAAGGCAAUCGCGUUGUGCGUUCCUGUCGGCGGUAUCGCUGGGUUGUUCUUCGUGAUACCUAUCUGCGUGUUACUCCCCGAUCUUGCGGAGAUCGUGGAAGCGCCUGCCGCACAAGCUCUUCCCUUUAUUUUCCACAAAGUCAUGGGAAGUCCUGGUGGAGGGCUGGGCUUGACCUUCCUCGUCUUGCUCAUUACGCUUUUCUGCAGUAUUUCCAUCACCACUGCUGCGAGUAGGUGCACGUGGGCUGUGGCUAGGGAUCACGCUCUUCCCUUUGCUGGAACAUUUAGCAAGGUCAACGAUAAACUUGGUGUUCCACUCAAUGCCAUCGCCCUUGUCACUUUCAUCCAACUUCUUCUUGGUCUCAUCAACCUGGGUUCCUCCUCCGCUUUUACCGCUUUCGUGUCCGUGGGCGUCAUCGCUCUCGCCAUCUCAUACGCCAUCCCUAUCAUCCUAUCGCUUCUCCAAGGAAGGCUUGAGGUCAACACUGCGAAUUGGAAAAUGGGCAAUGCGGUGGGUUAUGCUGUUAACAUCAUCGCGGUUGUGUGGAUUGCAUUUGAGUUGAUUUUGUUCAGUAUGCCGGGGGCUCUGCCUGUUACGGAGGUAUCUAUGAAUUAUGCUAGUGUGGUGUUGGUUGGAUUCUUGGGAUUGGCCGGUGUGUUUUAUGCGGUGUAUGGGAGGAAAGUUUAUCAGGGUCCGCCGGAGAGUGAUGCUGUUGAGUAGAGAGGAUGAGUGGUGUAGAUUGUGUAGGUUUAGUUGUGACG